CAGGCGGAGUGAUCCCAUUGGCCAGAGGGGUGGAAACUGUGAGAAGCCAGUCUGUGCUUCAGGCUGCUCAAGCGAGACAGUGCCGCCAUGCUACGCCUCGCAGCCAAGCUGGUGUCCUUCUUCUGGAGGAAGGCGGAGAACCUGGACGAGGAUGCCGCGCCACCAGGCUUGGAGUUCAUGGAAGGUGAUAGCAAGCUGAGGACUGUCCAGGGCGUCGUGACAAGGUACUGCAGUGAUUAUGGCAUGAUUGAUGACUUGAUCUACUUCUCCAAUGAGGUUGUGACUGGCAAAGUGCUUCUGAACGUUGGACAGGAAGUCAUUGCAGUUGUGGAAGAAAACAAAGUGUCCAAGGGACUGAAAGCAAUCAGGGUGGAGGCUGUCUCUGAUAAAUGGGAGGAUGACAGUAAAAACCAUGGCAAGGGACUUUCAGACUCCAGACCCCGAGUGUUGAUUGGCUGUGUGACAUCAUUGGUGGAAGGUGCUGGCUACAUUAGUCAGAGCACAUACUUCUCUCUAGAGAGUGUUUGUGAAGGUUUCAAGCCCUGCAAAGGAGACUGGGUGGAGGCUGAGUACUGGAUCCGGCCGGGUACAUGGAGCAGCGAGGCUGUGUCAGUGAAGCCACUCAGAUACAAGCGUGUGGACAAGGUCUGCAUUUCCAGCCUCUGUGGCAGAAAUGGGGUGCUGGACGAAAGCAUCUUUUUCACCUUGGACUCCCUGAAGCUCCCUGAAGGAUACGUGCCCCGGAGAGCUGACAUGGUCAGCGCAGUGGUGGUGGAGAGCAGCCAGUCCUGCUACAUGUGGAGAGCACUGUGUAUGACCCCACUGAGUAGGCGUGACGACUCUGCUGUUGGAGAGACUAUUGAUGAGGCCUAUGGAGCUCUUUUACUAAAAAACAAAGGUGAUAUAGAAGUCACAAGGAUGACAAAUUUUGGAACACUUAAAGAAGGAGGCAGUAAAAAGAUGGUCAUCUGGAUAGAGAAUAAGGGAAACAUUCCUCAAAAUUUAAUCAGCUGCAAACUAGCUGGUUGGGAUAAAGCUAAACAGUUCAGAUUUCAAAUGCUGGAUAAAAACCAGACAGGCCCACUGGCACCUCUUUCUAUUCCUGAGACCGAGAAGACUCUUUCAAAUGAAAAUGUUAAUUCAUUAAAUAGCUGCAAAGAAAGCAAAAUCUCCCAGACAUUGGGGAGCAGCUCAGAGACCAUCCCAGAAGUAUCUCCAAGUAGACAAGCUAGAGUGGAAGAUGACUCUGCACGUAAAGGAGAGAAUGAAGAAGAGACAGACACAGCAAAGCAGCAGGUGACCGAGGCUGAUCCGGGGGGGCUCAUCCCUCCAGGUGGAAAAACCUUGGCUGUGGUUAUAUGUGAUGCAAAGAAUUCUGGUCGAUGCAAGGAGCUCCUCCUGCUCUGCUUUUCCAACUUCGUCAUUGGGCGAUUCCUUGAAGUGAAUGUUGUCAGUGGGGAGGAGGCACUAAUAGCGGUUCGAGAACCAUUUUCCUGGAAGAAAUCUAAAAGUAUCCAACCAUUACCUGCCACAAAAACAACUGUUGUUGUGACCACACAGAAGAGGAAUUCAAGACGACAACUUCCAAGUUUCCUUCCACAGUAUCCAAUACCAGAUAGACUCAAGAAGUGUGUGGAACAAAAAAUUGACAUUCUAACUUUCCAGCCAUUACUUGCAGAGCUUUUGAAUAUGACCAACUAUAAAGAGAAGUUUUCUACUUUGCUGUGGCUUGAGGAAAUUCAUGCAGAAAUUGAACUGAAGGAAUAUAACAUGAGCGGUGUGAUCUUGAAGAGAAAUGGUGAUUUACUGGUUCUGGAGGUUCCAGGAUUAGCUGAAAGUAGACCUUCUCUGUAUGCAGGUGAUAAACUGAUUUUGAAAACUCAGGAGUACAAUGGACACGUCAUCGAGUACAUUGGCUAUGUGAUUGAGAUUCAUGACGAAGAUGUAACUCUCAAAGUUAAUCCAGACUUUGAACGAGCUUAUAACUUUGAACCUAUGGAUGUGGAAUUCACAUAUAAUAGGACUACAAGCAGACGGUGUCACUUUGCACUUGAACAGGUCAUCCACUUAGGUGUAAAAGUGUUAUUCCCAGAAGAAGUUAUUUUACAGUCUCCUCAAGUGACUGGGAAUUGGAACCUCAUCCAGGACACCAAAAGCAGUGGACAGUCCAUCACCAAGAACAGGAAAGUUGUGAAGGACCAGACUAAGCCUACAGCAAAGGAGAAGCAGCCGGCUACCCAGGACGCUUCCAGUUUAAGUAAUCUGGUCCAUGAAGUUCAGAUCCCAAAAGCCAAAGACAAGGAAUUCUUCAAUCCAGUGCUCAAUGAGCACCAGAAGUUAGCAGUUAGAAGAAUUCUGAGUGGUGACUGCCGCCCACUUCCAUAUAUUCUUUUUGGGCCUCCGGGGACAGGGAAGACGGUGACCAUCAUAGAGGCUGUGUUACAGGUACACUCGGCUCUGCCAGACAGUCGGGUUCUAGUCUGUGCACCAUCCAACAGCGCAGCGGACCUCGUGUGUUUACGGCUGCAUGAAAGCCAGGUGUUGAGACCAGGUUCCAUGGUUCGCGUAAAUGCCACCUGUAGGUUUGAGGAGACAAUCAUUGAAGCCAUCAAACCUUAUUGCAAGGAUGGAGAAGACAUCUGGAAAGCCUCACGUUUCCGGAUCAUCAUUACAACAUGCAGCAGUGCAGGACUCUUUUACCAGAUCGGCGUGAGGGUUGGGCACUUCACACAUGUGUUUGUGGAUGAAGCAGGACAGGCAAGUGAACCAGAGUGCCUCAUUCCCCUGGGACUGAUUUCAGAUGUCAGUGGUCAGAUUGUUCUUGCUGGAGACCCUAUGCAGCUCGGCCCUGUCAUUAAGUCUAGACUCGCCAUGGCCUAUGGGCUGAACGUCUCAAUGUUGGAAAGACUGAUGUCUCGGCCAGCCUAUCUGAGGGAUGAGAAUGCUUUUGGUGCCUGUGGUGCCUACAACCCCUUGCUGGUGACAAAACUAGUGAAGAACUACAGGUCCCACUCAGUUCUGUUGGCAUUGCCCUCACGGCUCUUCUACCAUCGUGAGCUACAAGUCUGUGCAGACCCCACUGUGGUGUCCUCUCUGCUGGGCUGGGAGAAGUUACCAAAGAAGGGCUUCCCCCUUGUCUUCCAUGGUGUCAGGGGCAACGAAGCCCGGGAGGGGAGAAGCCCAUCUUGGUUCAAUGCCGCGGAAGCUGUCCAAGUCAUGCGCUACUGCUGCCUCCUGGCCAGGAGUCUCUCCAGUCAGGUUUCAGUCAGUGACAUCGGUGUGAUCACACCUUACCGGAAGCAGGUGGAAAAGAUUAAAAUUCUUUUGAGAAACAUUGAUUUGAUGGAUAUAAAGGUUGGAUCUGUGGAGGAGUUUCAAGGGCAAGAAUAUCUGGUUAUCAUCAUCUCAACUGUACGGUCAAAUGAAGAUAGAUUUGAAGAUGAUAGAUAUUUCUUGGGUUUUCUGUCCAACUCAAAAAGAUUCAAUGUUGCCAUCACCCGACCCAAAGCCUUACUGAUUGUGCUGGGGAACCCCCAUGUUCUUGUCAGAGACCCCUGCUUCGGAGCUUUGCUGGAAUACAGCAUCGCGAAUGGUGUUUACAUAGGGUGCGACCUGCCUCUGGAACUGCAGUCCCUGCAGAAGUGAGCACCUCUUCCUUCUUGUUCAAGGAUAGGACCCAGCCCGCACCUCCCCUGCUGACCUGACUCCACUUCCUCCCCUUCCACUCUUGUGUUGUGGGAAGGAGUGUGGUUCUACCCAUCCUGAGAUGUAGAACAUCUCAGGCUAGGCUCCCUUUUGUAUGCUGAUAUACAUAGGUAAAUGUAAAUGCCCAGUGUAAACCCACACGGGGAAGAGAGGAAAUCGCCUGGACCCUGUGGUCGUCCCAUGUACCUGAGGGGAGAUUGGGCAACCUGACUGGCUGUCCCAUAGUCUCCCCAUCACAGCUGUGACUAGCCCUGGGCUUUCUCCCUCUCUGCCCAGGAGGGGUCAGAGAGGACGACUUCCAGAGCCCCUGUUGAGGGUGGUGUGGGGUGCUUCUGUGAACUGUGCUCCCUGCCUUGUCUCAGCCUUGGUAGAGAGCAAACUGUAGCCUACUCUCUGUCACUGCUCUGUGUGUACCAUCCCUCCCUGCCCCUGGGCAGUUCCUGCAACCCACUGCUCAAAUAAACACUCUGAGCAGGA